GUCUGGUCGGAGUUUUAUCGCACCGCUCCUGUGAAGGACGGCCCCAUGAGGACAGUUGAGGGUUAUACCUGGAGGAUGUUCUGGACUCUUAGUGUCGAGAAUAUAUGGGGUAUUGUCAAGAGGAAGAUGAGAAACACCCAAACCAAAAAUACAGAUGAGCUGAAGGUCACUAUCAAAGCAACCUGGACUUCUAUAACACCACAGGCUGAUCGCCUCCAUGCCAUGCCACACUGAUGCAGCAAUUUGUGCCAACUUGAAGCUAGAAGAUGACCGUCAGUUGGAGUGUAUUUUAAUGGAAUAAGCUGCCUUGCGAAAAUCCGUAGCUGAUUAUUGCUGAUGAUAGUGAGAUGUCUGAUAUGGACCAAGUACCAGCAAUGGACAACAGUAUAGAAGAGAAAUCGCCUCUGUACUGCAUCUGUCGGAAACCAGAUAUCAACUGUUUCAUGAUUGGCUGUGAUAACUGUAAUGAGUGGUUCCAUGGACAUUGCAUAAAUGUGACUGAGAAAAUGGCUAAGGAUAUCAGAGAGUGGUAUUGCCAGCAGUGUCAGGAAAUGGAUCCCUCUCUUGAAUUAAAAUACAGAUCAAAACAUUUGCGUGAGAAAGAGAUGGAACCAGAGAGAGCUGAAAAACGAUCCAGUACUCCAGACUACAAACUGGAUAAACGCCGUGGAUCUAAAGUGAAACGUUCUGCACGCAUGUGUGGCGAGUGUGAACCCUGUAGACGUACUGAGGACUGUGCGCAAUGUGACUUCUGCAAGGACAUGAAAAAAUUUGGGGGCCCGAACAAAAUCCGGCAAAAAUGUCGACUACGGCAGUGUGUAGUUCGCGCAAGGAAAAUGCUGCGUGUUCGAGAUGAGGAGUUUUUCUUGCAUGAGAGGACAGAAAAUAGGAUGCACAGAGACAGACAAUAUUCCGAUGAUUAUAAUGAUGGUGAGAUGGAGCUGUACGCAAGAUACAAGGACCAGAAUAUGCCAUGGGUCAGUGAGGAUGAAGAAGGUCCAGUUUACAGCCCUGCCCAGUGCAAGAAAGCUAUAAAAGUCAAGCAUGUUAAGCGUCGAGAUAAGAAAUUUGACAAAAAGAAGGACUCUCGCAGGCACAGGCAAAAACAAAAGCAUAAAGGCCGUACAAGACACAGUGACAAAAGUGAUGGCCGUUACACCGGUGACUUGCACCAGUGCUUGGGCCCUAGCUGUAUUGAAGUGGCACGUCCUAACUCCAAAUACUGCUCAGAGGACUGUGGCAUGAAGCUAGCAGCCAACCGAAUCUACGAGAUUCUUCCACAGCGUAUCCAGCAGUGGCAGCAGAGUCCGUGCAUCGCUGAGGAGCAGGGCAGGAAGCAGCUGGAGAGAAUUCGUAAGGAACAGCAGGCUGCUCGUAUGCGUCUUACUGAAAUGGAGCGCCGCUUUCAUGAGCUGGAGGGAAUCAUUGCUAAAGCCAAACAGCAAGUGGUUCAGCAGGAUGAAGAGGUGAAUGAAACAGAGAGCGAAGACACAGAUCUCCAGAUCUUUUGUGUAUCUUGCAGUCACCCCAUUAACCCUAAAGUGGCAAUGAGGCACAUGGAGAGGUGUUAUGCUAAGUAUGAAAGCCAGACAUCCUUUGGUUCUAUUUUCCCGACACGAAUAGAAGGGGCAACAAGACUCUUCUGUGAUGUUUAUAACCCUCAAAGUAAGACCUACUGCAAGAGGCUUCAGGUUUUGUGUCCAGAACAUUCCAGAGACCCCAAGGUCCCAGUGGAUGAAGUGUGUGGAUGUCCUCUAGUGCGUAAUGUCUUUGAGCCAACGGGAGAGUACUGUAGAAUGUCUAAGCGCAAAUGCAACAGACACUACUGCUGGGAGAAACUCAGACGAGCAGAAGUAGACCUUGAGCGUGUUCGAGUGUGGUAUAAGUUGGAUGAGUUAUUUGAACAGGAACGGAAUGUAAGAACAGCAAUGACUAAUAGAGCAGGGCUGCUCGCCCUCAUGUUGCACCAAACCAUUCAGCAUGAUCCUCUGACCACCGAUUUACGCAGCAACAAAGACAGAUAGCUAUGCACAGAGUUACACCUCCACUCUACUCAGUAGUGUUUAUUCAUGUCUUCAUGUGAGUGGAAAUGACCAUACUAAGAACAUUUUUCUGCAAGUUGUAGAUGUCAUUUGUUCUCUGUCUGCUAUUCCACUUUUAUUUCUGAUGCAAAGCGUUGACUAUAUUAUGACCAAAAAUAAAUUGGCGCUUUGAGAAAUGGUGUACUUCAAAUGAUAUGAUUUUGAUGUUACUGUUUUGGAUAGUUGUCCAGUUUGUGUUUGUUGAGACUGCCUCAAGUACUAGCUUCACCACGUUUUAAAUGGAUGAAAAAUUUUUGAAAUUUCACUUUCUCUUGUAGAAAAACGUACUUGCAAGGUACAGAGAUUAAUCUCAGGGCUGUGAGUGCCGAAUCAAUGAAACAUUCAGCAAGCAUUCAGGGCUGUGUCCCAAACCUCGUAAGACAGCUAAAUAAUUGCAACACCUGCGCUGUACCAUUUUUAGUAUAGAAUGCAGCUUGGGAUGCAGCCUAACGCGUAUAUAAAAAUGUUUAUUUAUUAAUAUAUUUUUUAAACAUUUUAAUAGUUGCAUCUCUACUAGGUUGGAUAGAAACACUGAGGACAACUGAAGUAUGUUGGGAAGACAUUAACAUGUACAUAUUCUGCAUCCCUGUUUUUUACAUGAACAUGAUAAAAUUGUGUUCAUUUCAAUGGUUACCUCAUUAGCAAUUUCAGUAUAUCCACGUUGUUCCAUUAGCUCUCGGACUGUCCUUGUAACAAACAGAUUCUCAUUAAAGUCUGCAUGAAGUAAUGGUACUGCUAUAGAUAAGCAUUCAACAUUACCACAUGGUAAAUCAAUCACAGAACAUUAAAUAUGAAUUUUGUGGUACAUUACCAACACCCCCAUAAUACACAAGUUAAAUUUCUAUUGCGUCUUUCAAUAUCCCAAAAACGCUUUACGGGGGGAGACUAAGCAGUAAGAGAGGAAUAUUCAUGGAAAGGAUAAGUCUUCAUUUGAGAUUUGAAAGUAGAGAAAGAAGGGCAGUCGCUGAGAGAUUGAGGAAGAGAAUUCCAGAGUGUGGGGGCAAUGACACCAAAGCAUCUGUUCCCCCAUGGUGGAAAGUCUGGUGCCUAGGGCAGUGAAGAAUGGUUGAGAGUUUUCUUAGCUCUUCAUAUUUUAGAUCUGGUACAGUUCUCUGCCUGAUGGAUAGUGUGUUUCUGAACCAAUGAUUUGUGUUAAAACCAGAGUCCUAAAACAGGUAUUUACAAGCUCAGAUAAGAGGUAAUACCUCUAGCAUUGAACAGACAGGAUGGUAUGCGUUAUAAAAGGUGGUCUGGGUGGUUGAGGCUUCAAAUGCUCAUGGUAACAUCCUUAUCUUUGUUACAUCUUUGGGGUGAAGAACUUCAGUAUAAAGGUUUUUUUGUAAGUGUUUUGGAAGAGAGAAGCCUGGAAGUAGGGAGUGUGUGUGAGCACUGAACAAGUGCUCAUGGGGCAACCCCUGGGUAUGAACCUGAAGUUUCAAUAAAACCUCUUCUCCAA